CACAGGCAAGGUCACAGAGCUACAGCCACCUCCCUUCAAAAGCCUGUGUGUGCUUUAGAACCUACAGGAAGCUGUCAGAGACUCCCUCCCGUUCAGCACAGCCAGCAUGUGGUGGGGAACCCUCAGUUUGCUGUUCUGGGUGGCGGUGCAAGGAGCCUUUCUGAACAUGGAGACCAUCACUGUAGAAGAAGGCCAGACCCUCACCCUAACGUGUAUUACUUCUCUGACAAAAAACGCCUCUCUCCAGUGGCUGGCCCCCUCAGGGUUCACCAUUUUUUUGAAUCAGCAUCCUGCUUUAAAAAGUUCCAAAUACCAGCUUCUUCACCAUUCGGCCACACAGCUCUCCAUUCGUGUGUCCAAUGUAAGUCUGCGAGAGGAAGGUGUGUAUACGUGCCUGCAAUACGGGAGUUCCGUGAAGAGGAGACAACAAGUGAGAGUGACCGUGUUAGUGACUCCUUUCCAGCCAACUGUGGAAGCUUUGGUUCUCAGAGGGCAGAAUGGAGGGAAAUCUGUUGUGCUGAAAUGUUCCACAGAGAGAAGCAAGCCUCCUCCGCAAAUCACCUGGCUGCUGGCGGAAGGUCUGGAAAUCGAUGGUGAAGUUCACCGUGAAUUUGAAGCUGAUGGGAAAAUAUGUAACACCACCAGCACGCUCGUAGUCCGCACGUAUGGCAAAAACUCAACCGUGCACUGCAUGGUCCAGCACAAGGGCUUGCAAGGAAGGAAGCUGGUUGUCCCCUUCCAGUUUGAAGAUUUGGUUGCAGAUCAAGAAACAACUUCAGAUGCCCCUGAGCAGCACUCUCUCUCCUCCCGAGCCCUCCCGCAGCCCAUGAGUACAGUCUCAAUGAUGGAAAAUUCCAGUAGACCAGAGACUGACAAGGAAGAGAAAGAACAUGCCACUCCAGACCCUGGCUUGCCCACUGAAGCCAGUGCUCAGCAUGCAGGGCGGCUGGCCAGGAGUAAGAGUGGCAUCCUGCUGCUCACGCUGGUGUCCUUCCUCAUUUUCAUCCUCUUCAUCAUCGUUCAGCUCUUCAUCAUGAAGCUACGGAAAGCACACGUGAUAUGGAAGAAGGAAAGUGACAUUUCGGAGCAACCUCUAGAAAGUUACAGAUCAAGAUCCAACAACGAAGAGACAUCUUCCCAGGAGAAUAACAGCCAGGCUCCCCAGUCUAAGCGUUGCAUGAACUAUAUCAUGCGGUUAUACUCGGGAGCCAAAACAAAGAAGAGUGCCCAGCAUUGGAAACUAGAAGGCAAGCCCAGUUGUUUCCCGGAGAGUAUUGUGUAGUGUUCCCUGCAACAGAAGACAGGAUUUCAGGGCAGCCACAUCAGGCCCUGGAAAGAAUCACAAGUACUGUGACAUGAAAAAAUAAAACCAUUGAGCACAAUUCAAGACAGUGUCCAUUGAUCCGGGGCAGCCACAUGGGGACCAAGCCAUGGACAGAAAGCUCCUCGUUGAAAGAAAAACAUUGAAAGAACCUAUUAUGACUGACACUACCUCAGAGCUGGAGACCUCUGCUAAGUCUUUUUGAAUCAGGGUCAAAAUGACCAGUGAGCAUCUGACCUUGAAGGGAACAGCAGUUUUUAGAUAUGGGGCUGGAGUGGAACUAUUUGAAUUGGUUUAAAAUCUUUCCUUCUGGUCAAGAAGAACUUAAGCAUGAGAAUUACCCAAGGAAGACCCAAGGUACCAGAGACCUGCUUUCAAGACAGAGAAGAGACCUCGGGGGCAACAGAGAAAAGUGGGAUGUCACAGCAUGGGGUGGACAUCAUGACCCAGAGAUCCACGACUCUCAAGUGAUUUCAACCACUGAGAAGCUUCCUUAUUAACCAUGAGCCAACCUGAUGGGCAAUUUUAAACCUAAUUACACCAUGGCAAAAGUAUGGACAGAAGCAAGCCAUUAGUUUGCUUGAUAGACUGUUGAACUCAUGAACGACUUUUGGAACUUUAAUAAAGACCAGAGUGUGACAUUUUA